GACAGGACGAAACCGAGACCCAGAGGCAGGCUAGAAGCUGGGAUAUCAGAAGAAUUCGUAUGGCGGCCAUGUUUUGCUUGCAGAGCACUCAGACAAUUCCUGCUAAACGUCUUUCUUUUAUACCCCUGCCCGCCAGUCUGUGUGUACACAACUGUUGAAAGGAGCUGUUUCAUUUUAACAAAAAAUUAAAAAUAACCCACUCCGUGGGGUAGGAAAGAAGACUAUAAAAGGGCCGAGUGCCUAGCCACUUCAUCUGAGAAGUAUCCGACAUGGCUGCCAAGAUCCUGUUCACUCUGCUGCUCCUUUUCGUUGCCUUCGAGCUCAGCUCCCAGUGCCAAUCUAGCACCAACAUUAAGAAUGGCUGCGAGGUGGUCGUGAACACGAAUCCAUGUUGCCGGGGAAAGAAAUUGAUACAUCAAUGCGCCUGCGAUUUUACCUGCUCGGAAUGGGACAAGCCCUGCAAUUGGGUGUACACCUGUGAUGAGGAGAUUAAGAUUAUUAACGAUGUCCGUCGGUCUAAGAACAAGCUAAUUGUUUUCUUACUGCCAAGUGUAAACCACCAGGAGUGUCUGGAGAUCAAUCAUAAUACGCAUAAGCACCCCAACUGUUGUGACAAAUUUUGCAAAGCAAAAGUUUUAGAUGUUUGUUCCUAA